CCAAACUCAAAAGCCUAUAAAGAAUUUAAAGAUGAAUAGAAUCUUGAGAAAACUAUCGUGCGUUAAGACAAAAGUUAAAACUUCACUGCGACUAUUCGAAUCCAGGUCAUCACUGUCUUCUUCCUCUUCUGCCUCAUUCACUCCUAAGAGGUUCGACGUCUUUCUAAGCUUCAGAGGCGCAGAUACUCGCAGGAAGUUCGUUAGCUUUCUGUACAAGGAUCUAGAGGCUAAAGAGAUUCGAACGUUCAAAGACGACAAGGAACUGGAGAGUGGCCGUCCGAUUCCACCGGAGCUUAUCCAAGCCAUCAAAGGAUCAAAAAUCGCCGUCGUGGUGGUCUCUGCGACUUACCCUGCUUCCUACUGGUGUCUAGAGGAGCUCGUGAAGAUUCUGAAGUACGAGAAAAAGGGUUUGCUCAAAGUGCUGCCUGUUUUCUACGAGGUUGAUCCUUCUCACCUGAGGUGGCAGAUCGGAGAAGUUGCGAAACAGUUCAAGAAACACGAGAAGAGACAAAGCAAAGAGAGGGUCAAGUCUUGGAGGGAUGCGUUGGCUUAUUUGGCUAAUCUUUCCGGCGAAUGUUCCAAAAAAUGGGAUGAUGACUCAAAGCUUGUCGAUGGAAUCACGGAGAAGAUAUCAAAGAUGUUGUUCUCAACAACACCUACCAACGGUAACAACCUAAUUGGUAUCGACCAACACAUGGACGAGUUGUAUCCAUUACUGGAUCUACACUCAAACCAAGGUGUUAGAGUGAUUGGUAUAUGGGGAAGAGGAAGCAUCGGAAGAUCAGUACUAGCUAAGCACGUCUACGAAAACAUCUCACAUAACUUCGAAGCUCAUUGUCACCUCGAAGACGUGAGGAGGGUUUCACGACACUGCCGCAGAUCUCAUCUACAAGAAGAGCUUCUUUCCAAGAUGCAAGGAGAAGGCCUGGGCGCAAAGACAAGGUGUCUUAACGCAAUCAAAGCAAGGCUCAGGAACAAGAAGAUUCUGCUUGUGGCUAACGACGUAGACAAGAUCAAACAGUUAGAUGCGCUUGCGGAGGAGUUUAGCUGGUUUGGUCCAGGGAGCAGAAUCAUCAUAACCACACAAGAUAGACAACUUCUUAGUUCAUCUGGUGUGACGAGUGUCUAUGAAGUUGAGCUCUUGAGAUGCUACGAAGUUCGUCAGCUAUUCAGGUCAGUAGCAUUCAAGCAGAGAAGUGAUCCUGAACCUUUCAGGAAUAUUUCUGAUGCGUUCGAGUCGGUGUUAUGUAGGGGAACAAAUAUUGCCAUGGAAUGGUUAGGUUGUCUACAUGUUAGAUCUGGUUAGGGGACAGUGUUCCCUUUUCAUAUACUAAACUUAGUAAGACGUGGCUUAUAAAUAGUAAUGUUCUGUAUAUUUUUGGAGUGGGUUGCUGGUGUAUAUAUAGAAGAACUGCCAUUCUUUACUUGGAUUAAGUAGGAGUCAAAUAGAAGUCAUUGAUGCAGAUAAGAGCGAGGGAUGUUGUUCUGUACAGUUAUUGAUGGAGAUGGUAUAAACAAUGCCUCUGGCAUCGAUCAUUUAAUCAAAGAGGUGAAGCUAGGAGAGUGUGGCCUCUCCUAAGCUGUUGUCUCCAUCAUGUGUCCUCAAAGCAGCUAGCGGUAUGCAUUGUUUUAGAGAGGAGAUAUGCAAUAUUCAUAAUCUUUUAGUAUACCUUUUGUGAUAUUACAGGGAAGAGUACUACACUGUUGAAGUUUGUUUGGAGCAAAUUUUAUGUUGACGGAUGCAUUUAAGAGAAUGUAUGCCUUCAUCUGAUAGUAUUUCCAUAUAACUUUCCUCACACUUUGUCGCCUGGUUAAGAAAAUUUUCUACAGGUCUCAGACCACAAAAGAUAUCUGGCUUGCAAGAUGUGCCGAUAUAGAGCCUUGCACCUUGGUAAUGGACUUGAAGGCCACCGAUGGUGCAAAACCCGGCGUUAGGGGACCCUUUACUUAGUUCUAGAACUUUUCUUUAUGGCAUGAUUUGAAUCGGUUGAUCAUUUUUCUCUUACUGCAAAAAAUUGAAAGGAGGGGUAUAAAUAUAUGUAGUAUGUACGAUCUCAAAACCUAGUUCCGUGAAAGUUAAAGCAUGGGACAACAUUGCCAACCCCAUGAAAAGAGAGGAGAAAUUAAUCCUUACAUUAACUGCUGAGUAGUAAAGUUUUGUAAAUAUAUUCAGAAUCCAACUCAUGGAUUGGUGUGUGUAUUUAUUAUCAUCAUUUCUUUGCAUAUCUACCACCAAUAACUCUGUGAAACAUUCACGGUCCUCCAAUCACCAGAAGAUUUAAAAGUGAGUUUACCAUAUAAGAAAUGUUCAAAUGCAUUUGUGGGCUAGUAUUAACAAAAAUGUAAGAAUUAAGUGUUUUUGUUGUAUAUUAUAUGAUACUAUUUUCCCUCCAAAGAAACAUUCAUUAAUAAAUUCAACAUCAAACUUUAUUUGUGGUGGCUACAUCAGAUUAUGUAGUAUAGUUGUGACUGGUUUAAAGUGAAGAGAAAAUCUCAUGUGAUCCAUAUAUAUGACCACCGUACGUGGUAUGAUGAGAUCACAUGCUAAACCAAAUAAAACGGAAGGUAAUGUGUUUUGGUUAGGUGAAGAUAAUCAAAAAGAUUAAUUGUUACUUGUCAGCAACAUGACUCGUGAAGAUUUACUCACAGUUAUGAUCAUUAUUAAGAUACUUUCAUCUGCUACUAUAUAAAACUACUUGCCAAAAACAUGGCUCUAU